AUGGAAAAAAGUACGCAGCUACCCAGACAUUGCCCCAACACCAUCUCCGAAAUACCCUAUAACGAACAACCCCCUUUUCAUAGCAGGGAAAAGGGGCUUCCAAUUGAAACCAAUGGGAGACGACCAACGGAAGGCACAUCUGACACUAGACGAGGUAGUGAGAGAGGGGGGAGUGACGCCAAUCACACUAUUGACAGAAGGGAAAGACCCAUCCCUUAUGCAGAGAUUUCAGUACGCACAAAUGCGACAUUUCUUGACUGCACAGGGCUUAUCACAUUGGACUCCAAGGGACAGGACCAAAUUUGA